AUGACGGACCAGCUCAACGCCGGGGCGGUGAGGAACCACUACCGCGCCGGCACGCUCUGCCCGAUCGCGGCGAUGGAGCGGCUCCAGGCUCAUCAUCCCCAGCGGAUAAAGGGCACCGAGGAACGGCUGCCCAUUUUCCGCUGGGCGUCAGGUACUCCGAUUCGCAGGGCCGAGGUGCAGCACUUCCUGACCGUCGCGGGGCUGGCCGCCAGGCUCUCCAAGGAAGAAAUCGGCAACCGCUCCUUGAGGAUCGGCGGGGCGACUGCGAUGUACCACGUGACGGAGGACCUCUCCCGGGCGCGCCAGUUCGGGCGUUGGCAGUCGGACACGUUCCACGGCUACCUGUGGGAGUCGCACGAGCCGAUGAAGGGCGUCUCCAGAAAGAUGGCCAGGGACACCUCAUCGCUGACCAACCCGGCGAGAGACAGUGCACCCGCCAGAGCCGCCGCCGGCGCCGAGAGCGACAGGCGCGAGAGCCCAUGA